AUGGAUGAUGAUGAUGGGCCCAGAUUGCCGGUCAUCGAACAACCCUCCCUUCGAUUCCCGUCACUGAAGACGAUCCAUAUCACGGGUGGUUCGGAGCGUUGGCAGGAACUUCUUCCUGGGAUGUAUAACAUCGUGCAUUUCGAUGGGAGUCGUCCCCAUCUUCAUGAGAUCGUCAAGGCAGCCAUAGCUGGCAGCUACCCUGACCUUAUAUCUCUCGAGGCCCAAUUCUUCACUGCAGUAUCAGUGCGAUUGUUGCGACGCUUGGUGGAGGCACGUCUGGAUGUGAACGUUGACGGUGCAAUUCGCCGUCCUGCUUUACUCGAGGAGAUACGGAUCCGUACAUCCGUGGAGAUACCCGAGGAAGAUGUUACAUGGUUCCAAGAGCAUCUGAAGGAGUUCUCGUGGAGUUCAAAUGUGACUAAUGAAGAUGACGAUGAACUAAAGAUGGCCUUCCGUACCUCAUAA